UAUCCUUGUUUAUUCCCUGAUUGCGGCAAGACAUUUGCAAGGCUCUACAAUCUCAAAAGUCAUUCAAGAACACAUACAGACGAUAGACCAUUCGUUUGUCAUGUAUGUCAAGUUGCUUUUAGUCGAAACCAUGACUUGAAAAGACAUGGCAAGAUUCAUGGUGGAGAUAAACCUUAUCAAUGCACCGGUUGUAACAAGAGUUUCUCAAGGUAA